UUGUCCAGUCUGGUACCCUGGACUGAAUUGGAGGCGCGGUGCCAUUGUCAAGCGCAAGGACAAGCAGACAGCACUCACACACGGCAGCCGAGCCUCGUCCCGGACACAAGCCACUUUGAGACAGCGGUCCCAGUUUGAAUCCUGAUUCCAGCUCAACUCAGCUGUCUCUUAUCCUCUGAGGAUAGCCCCCAGCAGUUCAACACCAUCCUCUUCCUUCUCCUCCCUCUCCGCCUGAGCAGACAUGCCUCCAGCAUUGGGUGGGCCAGCGGGUUACACCCCUCCUGAGGGUGGCUGGGGCUGGGCAGUGGUGGUGGGGGCCUUCAUCUCCAUCGGCUUCUCCUACGCCUUCCCCAAGUCCAUCACCGUCUUCUUUAAGGAGAUCGAGAUCAUCUUUGACGCCACCCCCAGCCAGGUGUCCUGGAUCUCCUCCAUCAUGCUUGCUGUCAUGUAUGCAGGAGGUCCCAUCAGCAGCAUCCUCGUCAAUAAGUUUGGGAGUCGGCCAAUCAUCUUGGUAGGAGGUUGUCUGUCCGGGUCGGGGCUGAUCGCUGCCUCCUUCUGCAACACGGUGGUGCAGCUCUACUUCUUCAUAGGAGUGGUGGGAGGUUUGGGACUGGCCUUCAACCUGAACCCAGCCCUCACUAUGAUCGGUAAAUACUUCUACAAGCGCCGACCCAUCGCCAAUGGCAUCGCCAUGGCAGGCAGCCCUGUCUUCCUGUCCACCUUGGCUCCUCUCAACUCCUGGCUGUUUGACCAGUUUGGGUGGAGAGGCAGCUUCCUGAUCUUGGGGGGGCUCCUGCUAAACUGCUGCGUGGCUGGCUCUCUCAUGCGCCCCAUCGGACCCAAACCCCAGCCGGCCAAACCCAACCCAGAGCUGAUUGACGGCAAGGCGGCGGACGGCGUGGGACAGCUGCAGCCCAAGAAGACGGUGCUGCAGACGAUAAACUCCUUCAUCGACCUGACGCUGUUCAAACACCGCGGCUUCCUGCUGUACCUGAUGGGCAACGUUGUCAUGUUCUUUGGCCUCUUUGCGCCGCUCGUCUUCCUCUCCAACUACGCCAAGAGCAAGGGCAUCAGCAAGGACAAGGCGGCCUUCCUGCUGUCGGUGCUGGCCUUCGUCGACAUGUUCGCCCGGCCCUCCAUGGGCCUGCUGGCCAACACCAAGUGGGUCCGGCCCAGGGUGCAGUACUUCUUCGCCGCCGCUGUCCUCUACAACGGAGUGUGCCACGUGCUGGCGCCGCUGUCAGAGGACUACACCGGGUUUGUGAUCUACGCCAUCUUCUUCGGGUUUGCGUUCGGCUGGCUUAGCGCGGUGCUUUUCGAGACGCUGAUGGAUCUGGUGGGAGCGCAGAGGUUCUCCUCAGCCGUGGGCCUGGUCACAAUUGUGGAGUGUGCACCAGUGCUUCUGGGCCCUCCGCUAACAGGUAGUUUCUAUAACUACUACCAGCAUUACAACUACACCUACAUCUCCUCUGGGAUCAUCCUCAUGGUGGCGAGCGUGUUCCUCUUCGUGGGAAUGGGCAUCAACUACCGCCUGCUGGAUCGAGAGAGGAAAGCAGAGGAGAAGAGAGAGAGGGAGGAGCCCAAGGAGGAGCGCACGGCCAUGCUGGCGCCGCCCUCGCCCUCAAAGUCAGACGAGGACGCGGAGGGGAACAGCGUACCGGCAGCCGUCAUUUUGGACGACGUCGCAAAGAUGGACGAGGACACUGUGUAGAGGGUGAAGUCGGACUCUCGAGGAAACCACACACACACGCAAUAUCACACACUUCCGAGAAACACACACACACGCCGUUGCACAGUCCAACCACACAUCAACUUUAGAGAUAUUAUCCUUGGUACACUUGUACACACACACACACCCCGAAGCCGUUCAAACAAACAUAUUUACUUUAUCAAAAAAAAAGUAAAUAUGAAAAAAAAAAAAGUGGGACCUGCUUCUGUGGCUUAUAUGUUAGCUAACAGUGACACGGUGACAUUUAGCUGACUAUAACGCUCAUCAGGCUGUGUUUCACCCUAUAGAAACCUCUGGUAAUGAAAUAGGAUGUGCCUUUGGUCUACAAAAAGUCCUCCAGAAGCACAAACACACAAGGGACAGACUGACUGUAAGAAAAUGUAGUAAAUCAACGAGGACUUAACUCUCAGGGCCUUGAGCUGCCAUAAUGGUUCAGAACCUUGCCAACAUACACAUGCACACACACACACACACACACACACACAUAAAUCCGUAUAUUUUCCUACAGGCUGAGGUUCACAUUUUGUUGCGGUACUUAGAAAUACUGCACUUUCAUUCAAACACACACUGCACACACACUUCCAUCGCUUCUCUCCUCAAGGGCUGGACAGAAAUUAAUACAAACAGACACUUUUUCAUUGGAGGAAUAUAUCUCUGUGUGCCAUGUUCACAUUGUAGCUCUGGUGUCGGGUGUGGAGUGAAGGUACACAACGGUGAAAUCCAAAAUCUUGGGGGAAACACAGUCCCGGAGUUCACUACCACACUGCAAGAAGUACUGUCUAUUCCACUUGUAGUAAUUGUGUUAGCGUGUAGCCGAAGAGGCAAAAUAAUGAAUCAAUAACCAACAACGUUUAAAAGAGGUAACAAUGAGAAAUAAUGUAGGAAGGUUUUUGGCGGGACAAGGCUCAGUGGUCUGAUACUGCGCGACUGCGAGGUUUCAACUCCAGUUCGUCUGCAGUGGAGAGAAAGGGCGUUUCCAGUGGUGUGUUUGUACAUAAACUGUGUCUACACUGUGUGUGUAAGUCUAUAUUAUGAUAAGGACGAGACACAUUUUAGCAGUAACGCUCACACAAUGAAGCUCCUGCGCCUCACAGACCGACUGCUGAGCGGCCAGCGGGACGUCCGUGCUCACAGUAUUAAAUUACACCACAUGCUGCUUUGUGGGAAAUAACAGGCUGUGUUUUUAUUAGCUAGCCUACAGGAUUGAGUGUGUGUGCAUGUGUGUGUGUGCUUUGCCCUGCCCUGCUGUGGUGCCAAAGUAGGAAAAAUCUCACUUUGAAUAGUCACACACAAUUCUGAUUUUUAACCCCACUGAUUUGAAGAGUUGUGGCAGUUUUUUUUUUUUUUUUUUUAAACGAUCAUGAAUAAUACACACAAUAGUUUUACAGUUGUAUAAGCAAAAUGUUUUUUGUGAUUUUUAAAAAGAAAUCUAUUUUAGCUCACUGUAAAAAUGACAAUCUGACUCCGAGUAAUCUUUUUAAUGUUUUUUGAUGUGUUUGAGUGAGAGCAAGCGUGGUGGUUGAGAGAAAAUGUAUGUCUAAACCAUAGCCUAGUUUCAUUUCAUUUUUGUGAUUGUGUUUGUGUUUGUGUUGUUUUCAGCUGUCUACCUGUUUGUCUGAGACCUGUACAUAAUGUGUCAUACGACAUGCGCAAUGUUUUUAGUCCGAAUUAGACUACAGAUUUAGAUAGAGCCAACAUCAACUGAAGCACUUAAAGGGAGGCCGAUUCCUGCCUUGUUUUCCCACCAGCCGCCAGCAGAGGGCAACAAAUAUCAGUUCCUCUAUGGGAAAUUGAAUGGAGCUUUUAACUUUUCACUAUUACUUUUCACCAUACUUUAGGUUUUUUAAAUGAUCAUGUCUCAUUGCCUAUGCUUUUUGUCUCUCCAAUUUUGUAGUAGAUCACAUAAAAAAUUACAUUAUGAGCUUCAGAAGCUGAUCAUGUCAAGUGGCAACUGUUCUGCCACAGAUCUCUUGUCUCUCUUAAACAGAUCUCUUGAGCCUUGCUUUUUGAAGUGAUUCAAAAUUUCCUUUUCACAUGCAAAAUAAAUCAGCACUUAGCGUCCACCUCUCUCACAUGAUGUUGAGUCCUGUAUGAUGUGGACUCCUUCUUGCAAUAGCUGCCUAAACACUAUGAAACAGAGUCAUUGCUCAUUUCAGGCAUCAUGGACAUCUAACACACAUGCAGGUUAAGCAACAAAGCCGUGGACAGGCAAACUCCAUUUUCAUCGUCACUUUAAGUGUGAUGUGUAUUAAUUUAGAAAGGGUGUACAUUUACACUGUAUGAUACCGCGUUUUCUCUUUUGUUUUUUUUUUUUUGUUGUUUGGUAAUUAUGCCAUGACCAAAUGUAAUUAAUACAUUUCAGACAAAUUAAUCAGUAUGUAAUUUGUUUUCUAAAACAAGUCAUUUGAUUUUACGUUUUUUUGUGUCUGUAUCAGCCAGACUCCGGCACCAGAGAGAAGUUUGGUUUUUUUAAGAUACUAGUGGUACCAGUGGGAGUUGUCUUGUGCCCUGUUCCUCCCUCUUUGUACCAGAGGUAUACGCGUCUCCAGUGCACCUGGUUUUUGAAGCAUAGUGUCUCCUGUGAGGGCUGCUCAGGACAAAGGACAGACACACACUUAAGAGGAAAGGGGAGAGAAAUGGGCUGCAGGUGAGGCUGCCGGCUAGGAUGUCGUGCCAAAAUUAAUGGGCCUUGAAGAUAUGAUUUACAAGUUGACAACACCCCUCCUCCCCCCUCCUCUUGCAGUACUUGAUUGAUCUCUCGUGACAGCAAACUCAUGCAGCUACGGGCAUAUUACGUUCUGUCAGCCAAUUGAAAUGUGUCCCCCUUCUCCACAAAAACAUGAUGAAUCAUCAUGUUUUUCUGAGAAAGGGUGACACCGUGAAGAACUGAAGCAAAAACCAUUUCGUUGAAACACUUGAAUUUUGGCGUCUGGCAGCACGCGGGUUUCUGAACCGGUGUUUUGCUGCAGCACCUUUCUUUGUGUGUCGUUUCAAAAAGAGCAAAUCAAACAAUGUAGUAUCGAGAUUCAGGAACAUAACAUGAACUUUACUAGCUGUUGUUCAACUGAUGUUUUUACGUUUGUAUGUGUGAGCUCUUGUUCAUAUGACUGGUGAGAGAAUGAAUAAACCAUUUUUAAAACAAAA